CUGCCUCCACGGUUCCCACUACGAUUUCCGAAACCGGCUAUCUAAUCUAUUCAUUUUUUUUUUCAUUCUUACAUUACUAUUUACUACAAUAGUAGAUAAACAAUGCAUCAUCGUAGGUUGUAAUACAUUUUAUAGUCACUGAAGACUGAAGAGUGAAGAAGACUGAAUCACGACCGCCACUGCUUCGUUUAGGUAGUACUAGUUGGUGGAGUAGUUUACAAUAAAUGUAUGAUGGUGGACAAGAAGAAACCCAAUCAGCAGAACCCUGAGCCCUGCAGAAAUUACAAAAAUGAACUGAGUUUACUAUCAGAUGAGAAAGCGAAUGAAGUAGUGGGAAGAUCACUUAAAAUAUAUUAUGUUGUAGAAAGUUUAAGAAUUACAAAUACAUUUCAAUACAAAAUCAAUGAAUUUGUUGAAGCUCAUAUGUUUAUCAUAGAUCAAGAAGUUCAAUUGUUUUUAAAAAAACCCAAACCUAACGAAGAUGAACUUACUGUAGAGUCUAUAUAUUCUGGAAUGGCUGGAAUUGCCUUGCUAUACAAUUUUUAUGCUAACAAAAUACAUAACAAAAAUAAAGCUAUAGAGGCUAAGCUGAUCAUCGAAAAAUGUUUGUCAAUAUUAGAUGAAAACUCUGAUAGUGUAACAUAUUUAACUGGGAAAUCUGGUAUAUUUGUAACAGCUACUGAAAUUUAUCGAGAUCUUGGUGAUAUUAAAAAUGCAAAAAAAAUGAUUGAAAAAGUUGUGGAUUUGUUGCCAUUAGCAUUGAAUCAAAAAAUGCCCGAUGUUUUACUUUAUGGACGAGCUGGAUAUCUAUACUCUUUACUAAUACUUAAAAAGCUUGGAUGGGAGGACCCAGACAGAGAUAAACUGAUACGCAAGGUUGUGCUAUCGAUUUUUAACAACGGUAUUCAGACAUGUGAUAGAGAUAAACCAAGAAGAACUUCUCUCAUGUACAAAUGUCACAACAAAAAAUACUUGGGGGCAGCUCAAGGUUUAUCGGGUGUUAUACAUUGCCUUCUUCUAGCAAAAAGUUAUCUAACAAAAAGUGAACUAGACGAUCUUAUUAAGCCAGCUCUUGACUACUUAUUGACACUGAGGUAUAAAUCUGGGAAUUUACCAGUUUCUCUGUGUAAUGAUCCUGAUCAUUUAGUUCAGUGGUGUCAUGGUGCUUCGGGUGUCACACACACUUAUGCACUAGCUUACAAAGUUUUUCUAGAUGAGAAGUACCUUAAUGCAGCAAUACAAUACGGUGAUAUUGUAUGGAAACGUGGUUUAUUGACUAAAGGAUAUGGACUGUGCCAUGGCGUUAGCGGAAAUUCUUAUGCUUUUAUGUCAUUGUUCCAAUUAACUGGAAAAACUAAAUAUUUAUAUCGAGCUGCAAGGUUUGUUGACUGGUGCUUAACAACCAACCGUCAAAAUAGAAUACCUGACAACCCAUAUUCAAUGUUUGAAGGUGUCGCUGGUGUUACAUAUGCUCUAAUAGAUGUGCAAGAUCCUAUAGGGGCCAAUUUACCAGGAUUCUAAUUUUUCAAUUAUUGCAGAUUACUCAUAUUUUUACGAAACAAUGUUCUGGUCCAUACAAGCUGCCUAAGCAAAUGGUAUCUUGUAAAACAAUUUUAUUUAUAUACGUUUUAAUAUUAUUUAGAUACUAUUUAUUAUAAAACACUAAAAGUCACUCAACCACAUAUUUAAAACUGAUAUAUAGUUUUAUGUUUUUAAAUUUUUAUUCUUCAUGUCUGUGUAGUGUUUUUACUCAUGCAAACAUUUAAGUUAUUUAUAGUUUAUGGUGUAUGGUGUAUCAAUGUCCUCUUAAUAAUACUUGAAUUAAUAAUAUUAAUGGUUCAUUAAUAAUCAUAACAUUUUUAUCAAGACUGGUCACAUAGUAUAGUU